CAGCGCUGGAUUCUCUCAGCACGUCUCCCAUUGGCUGACAACUGACUAUUGCUCUGUUGUUCAGUACAAAUUGAAGAAAACCACACCGACAAUAAAUUACAGCUAUAUAAUCAAAAACUUCAUCCAAAAUACCCAAACCGUCUCUGACAUCAAACGACAUCUGUGACAGUUGAAUGCGGGGGGACCUCAGACGUACGGAGGUUUGUUUUCUAGUAAACCAUGCGAGCUCUGCUAGCUAACUAGCCAGCGUCUCGUCGCCUCCUCUUCAUCUUCAUGGGUUUCUGGUGUUGAGUCUGCCAGGCUUGUGCUGGAGGCAGCGAGGCUAACAAAUUAAUGCCAUCAGCCAGGAGCUCAGGUCAUAUUAUGAGUGGGGCGAGUUGCAAAGCUAACGGCGCUGUGUACCCUGCCUCAUCGGCGAUGAUGAACUCUGUGAAGAAGCCGAAGAUGGAGCAGAUUCAGGCCGACCGUGAGCUGUUCCUACAGGCCUUUGAAAAACCCACUCAGAUAUACAGAUUUCUCCGCACAAGGAACUUGAUUGCCCCCAUAUUUUUGCACAGGACGCUCACCUUCAUGUCUCACAGAAAUGGUCGAACAAAUACCAGGAGGAAAACAUUCAAAGUGGAUGAUAUGUUGCAGACAGUGGAGAAGAUGAAGGGAGAGCAGGAUUCUCCAAGCUUGUCUUCACAUCUACAGUUAACCUUCACUGGGUUCUUCCAUAAGGAUGAAAAGCCAUCUCAGAUUUCAGAAAAUGAACAAAAUUCCGUGUCUUUAGAGGUGCUACUUGUCAAAGUCUGCCAUAAAAAACGCAAGGAUGUCAGCUGCCCGAUAAAGCAAGUGCCUACAGGUAAAAAGCAGGUGCCUUUGAAUCCUGACAGUAACCAAACCAAGCCUGGCGCCUACCCUUCCUUACUGGUCUCCAGCAACGAGUUUGAGCCCAGCAACAGCCACAUGGUGAAGUCCUAUUCGCUCCUGUUCAGGGUGUCGCGCACGGGGAGGAGGGAUACUAACGGUCUGGUCAACGGAGAAGCCAACGAAAACAUUGAUGUAACAGAUACUCCUAGUAGAAAGAAGAGAAGUUCAUCCCAUAGAGAGGAAGGAGAGACCACAGAGACAUAUGUUGCACAGAUGACUGUCUUUGAUAAGAAUAGGAGAUUGCAGCUGCUGGACGGGGAGUACGAGGUUUCGAUGCAAGGGAUGGAAGACAGCCCCGUGAGCAAGAAGCAAGCCACAUGGGAAACCAUUCUCGAUGGGAAGAGACUGCCACCAUUUGAGACAUUUUCUCAGGGACCCACAUUGCAGUUCACACUGCGGUGGACAGGUGAUGCCAGCGGAAAGUCCACUGCGCCUGUCGCGAAACCCCUUGCUACGCGCAACUCGGACAGCUCCAGCCCCAUGGAGACCAGGACCAGCAACCACCGAGCUGCCCUCAUGACAGUGAAAGAGUCAGUCAGCACAGACAUUCAGACGAGGAAAGAGCAGGUCCCUUGUGAGCCGCGGCAGAAGCUACGUAUAUUUUAUCAGUUCUUGUACAACAAUAACACACGGCAGCAGACAGAGGCAAGAGAUGAUCUUCACUGUCCCUGGUGUACACUCAACUGCAGCAAACUCUACAGCCUGCUCAAACACCUCAAACUCUCCCACUCCCGCUUCAUCUUCAGCUACGUGCCUGACCCCAAAGGGGCAAGGAUAGACGUGUCCAUCAAUGAGUGUUAUGACGGCUCAUAUGUUGGCAACCCUCAGGACAUCCACAGCCAACCGGGCUUUGCUUUCAGCCGCAACGGUCCGGUCAAGAGGACUGCUGUCACUCACAUACUGGUUUGCAGGCCCAAGAGGACCAAACCAAGUCUGUCAGAGUUCCUGGAGUCUGAGGACGGAGAGUUGGAGCAGCAGAGGACCUACGUCAGCGGACACAACCGCCUCUACUUCCACAGUGACAGCUGCAUGCCCCUGCGGCCCCAGGAGAUGGAUGUGGACAGCGAGGAUGAGAGAGAUCCAGAGUGGCUCAGAGAGAAGACUGCCACGCAACUGGAUGAGUUCACAGAUGUCAAUGAGGGAGAGAAGGAGGUGAUGAAGCUGUGGAACCUGCAUGUCAUGAAGCAUGGUUUCAUAGCAGACAACCAGAUGAAUCAGGCAAUCAUGCUUUUCGUGGAAAACCGUGGUGCUCACAUCAUCCGCCGCAACCUCUGCCGCAACUUCCUCCUGCAUCUAGUCAGCAUGCAUGACUUCAACCUAAUGAGCACAGCCACCAUUGACCGUGCCAUGGCCCGUCUGCGGCAGAUCCAGGAAGAGCUGCCGGAGACUGAGGAGGAGCAGCAGGACCAGACUCUGGUAUCAGCAGGAGCCUGCAACGGCAAUGCCGUCACCUCCAGUGGGGGAAAGCAGGGCAAGAGGACAAAAAGCGCGCUAACAGACUGAUGCAGGCUGGAUGGAUGGAACAA